UUUUACGGUUUAGUAGUUUACAUUUAAGUAGUGAACUUUAAAAUCAUCACGUUUUGGUAUUAAAUAAAUUAUUUUUUAAACCUAAGUCGGUAUUUUUACAAUUUUAAUUUUGCUUUCAUCAAAUCUUUGUAUUUAUUGUACAAAUGUGAUAUUUUAAAACCGUUCUUGGCCAAUCAUUGUACCUAUGAUAUAGUAUUCAAGUGGAAUCAUAUAAUAUAAUAUUACACGGUAAUAUUAUUUACACCAUUGUAUUUUUUUCUACAAAAUGACYGAUAAUACGUUAUUAGAUUUGUCUAGUCAAGAAUUGCGAAAGUUGCCAAAAAAUGAAAACAGUCAUAUUAUUAAAGUCUUAGAUGUACGAAAAAACUGCUUACAGAAACUGGAAAAUGUUGAACAAUUUACUGAACUUAAUGAAUUGAUUGCAAGCCAUAAUCAGAUGAUGAGAAUGUAUACAGUUGCAAAAUUAUCAAAACUUGUAAAAUUAGAUUUAUCUAAUAAUCAUUUGAUGAGUAUUGAAGGGCUCAGAGAUCUAGUAAAUCUUUCAUCGCUUAAUUUAUCCAAUAAUAAAAUCAAAAUUAUUGAACAUUUAUCAACCAAUGUCAACUUAGUGCACAUUGACUUGUCUUUCAACAGCAUAUCAUACAUUACCAAUUUAAGUCAUCUUUUAAAACUUGAAAGGCUUUUCUUGCAUUCAAAUAAUAUUUGUCAUUUAACCAACUGUCAACAUUUCCUUCCAGUCAACCUGCUAACUCUUACUUUAGCCAAUAACAAACUUAAUGAUUUGAAUGAAAUAUCCCAGCUUUGUCGUCUUGGUUUGUUAAGAGAAAUAACUUUAACUGGUAAUAGUUGUCUAGAAGGAUACACAUUUAACUACAGACCAUUUAUAGUUAAUUGGUGCCCUAGUGUGAAAAUAGUUGAUGGUUAUGCUGUGGAUGAUAUUGAAAAUUUAAAAGCUGAGUGGCUGUAUAGCCAAGGUCAAGGACGAAAAUUUCAUACUGGACAACAUGCUGCUCUUAUUCACUAUUUAACAGAAACAUGCCCAAUUACUAGUCAUACUUUAGAGACCGAGCAAGAAAGAAAACUAAGACUAGUUUUAAGCAAAGCUCAACAAUAUAGAGAGCAACUACAUAGAACAAGUACACCAAAUAUUAAAGAAUCAGGACAAGAAUCAUUGAUGACCAGAAGUCUAGAUCCUAGUGUAUUGAAGUCUACAACACAAAGACUAUCUACUGGAUCAGAAAGCUGCCAAGGAACACCUAAUAGUAUGUCUCGCAGUGUCCAUUUACCAUUGACYGAAGCCAAUUCUUUUGUCCAAUCUCCACCUCUACCAGCUGCCAGCACUAUGUUGCCGAUAAUAGACUCAUUACCUAGUCCACUGACGCCAAGUGUACCUAAACAAAGACCUAUAAUUGGUCUUCAAACUCCGGCUGGUGAAGAGUCUCGGGCACCUACUAUGGAAAAAUUACGAAUGAUUAAAAAUAAAGCAUCACAAAUGAACGGUAUUGAUAACAAAGAUUUACACCAAUCAGCCGUUGUAAUACAAAAAAUGUGGAGAGGAUAUCGUACUAGAAAUUUGGAUAAAAAUGUAUCUAAUAUAUAUCAACAUGUACAAAUGAUACGUUUCAAUCAAUACAUUAAGCAAAUGAGCAAAGAUUUAGUAGAUACCAAAAGUACUCUCGAAAAAGAACAUAAAUUAGUAGUAUUACAAAUGCAAGCUAUAAACGAGUUAUGGAAAAAGGUUAACACAAUGGACAACAAAUUAGGCAGUGAAAAUAAUGGCAAUUCCAAGUGUCUGACAUGCUCUUCAUUGGAUAUUAAGGUUCAACAGCUGCAGGAGUCAAUGGAUCAUGUAUUACGGUGUGUAAGCCCUUUAUCGCAGAGUGUUGCAGAAACACAAACAGAUAUCACUGCUGUACAGACACCAGUUGAAGAAAGUUGUCCGAACACCAACAUAAUAACUAGGCCCAAUUUCCUUCCCCUCUCUAAAUCGUGUACAAAUCAAGUUGUAAAAACUACUAACGCAACUGCAAUACCUUCAGAUAUCUAAAUUAUUAAUCUAUAAAAUCAGAACUGUCCAAAAUAUCUAUUGUAUAAUAAUUUUGUACUCAUUGUUGAAAAACCAUGAAUACUGUUUCAAUGAUCUAGUCAAAACUGAUUAAACUUAAUUAUUCCU